AAUCUUUUAACCUAUAAGUUCGUGUUCUUCGUUUUGUGAGUAAAUUUCCAUUGUACACAUCUUCUCAGUGCUGUACUUUGAAGUUUAAUGAUGGAUAUGUCAAUGGAUAUCGAUUGUGAUGACAUUUUGAAGGACAAUCUAUUGAAUAACUUCCUAUCGUGCAAGUUGAAGAGUGUUCAAGAUGCGAAUCAACAGCUACGCACUACAAUCGCCGACGCAAAGUGUUCCAUUGUCGAGGCGGAGGCCGUGAAAAGCGACAAAGAUAGGUUAAUUGUACGCUCGGUGUGUAAGCGCUACCACAAUGGCAAGUGGUGCUUUAUUGUAGAUGUCGCCACUCUAGAUUCCACAAUAAUGUACAAGGACUUCGACGUGUCAUUGAAAUGGUCGCCGAUAAUUGCACCACAGUACACGCUAACGAUCUACUCGAACGAUGUGAAAAAGUUCGUAACGCCAGCGAAAAUAGCGACCGAAAUACGCGUUAUCGUCGCAUUUGAAUCGAUAACGUUUGCGCGACAGAAAAAAUACACCGCAGAAGUCGUCCUGUUCUACGCGGCGGAUGAUAACAUAUGCAGCCUGCAGCUGGGCGCGUUUUGUAUCAGCGCCGCGGAGAUGAACAGCGGCGCGCACGAAAUUAAAAACAUACAUUUAAUUAACGGCCGCCGAGAGGAUAUGCUCGCGGCGGUGGCCUGCAGCGUCGAGAUAGAACUCGCGAUGACACUGCCAAUGGGCGUCCUCAGAGAUUACUUAGUCAUUGACUGCAUGUUCCGAGAGGUUGUGCUUGACACUAACAAAUGGUUUCUGCUCAAUGCUAACGCAGAACACUUGAAUGGAUGUCUUUUAGUUUAUCACUUUGAUGAACAAGAUGAAAUUAAUUUGGUGAAGUUAUAUGUCAGGGACAAAGUACAUUUACACAGCGUCCUCCACCAUUUGCAUUCGAGCAUGAAAGGCGUAACAAUAAUGUCUUUGAAAUGCAAAUCGCAGUUGGUGAAACCAAACCGCGAUUGUGAGGAUGAGAUUUUCUCGUCGCAGGCAUACUUGCAAUCGCAGGCGCCGAAACGCGUCGAUGCGAGCGUGGAAAAAUUCGCCGAAUCCCUCCAUCGACAAAUUGAUAGCGUUAUCGAUUUUCAUCGGAAUGUUGUCGGCAAUAAGGAAAUUUCGCCGGAAUGCGACGUGACCGAGCAAUAUCACGCCAUGCGAAAUUCCCUAACACAGCACGAAUCGACUACUGAUUUGCUCUACCAACACCUUUCGAAAUAAAAAUAAACAAACACGAAGUACUUACAAAAAUGGAAAACAUUUAUUAUAUACAUCAAAUACAAAAUACAACAUGUCGUAAAGAUAUAAAAAUUAAUAAUUAUCGAUUAUUAAGUAACUAUUUUUUUAAUUUAAAUUACUUUUAUUGUGGUUGCAUUGUCACGACGCCAUUAGUUCCAGUUUUUCAAUAAUAACUCAAAAACUAUUUGAUA